AUGGAUGAACAAAAAGUCUCACCUCCUCAUGUACUCAUCUUUCCCUUACCGCUUCAGGGCCCCGUCAACUCCAUGCUCAAGUUAGCAGAGCUGCUUUGCCUUGCUGACCUUCAGAUAACCUUUGUCGUUACAGACUACCUCUAUGCCCGCCUUCUUCGUUUUUCCAAUAUCCAGACCCGUUUUGAUUGCUACCCAGGUUUCCAAAUCAAGACCGUUUCAGAUGGGCUACCCGAAGAUCACCCUCGUGGAGAUCGAUUUAUGGAGUUGUUUGAUUCUCUCAAGUCUAAAACUGAACCACUCUUUAAGGAUUUGUUGAUUUCAUUGAAUGAUUCUGGCAAUCACCGGCCGCCGGUGACAUGUAUUAUAGCAGAUGGAAUAUUGGGAUUUACUGGUGAUGUUGCUAAUGAAGUUGGUGUCCCCAUUUUCUCUGUCAGGACUAUUAGUGCUUGCUGCCUUUGGGUCUUCUUUUGCCUUCCUAAACUCAUUGAAGCUGGAGAAUUUCCCUUUAGAGAUGAUGAUUUGGAUGCACUCAUAAAGAGUGUACCAGGCAUGGAAAAUUAUCUCCGACGCCGUGACCUCCCAAGUUUUUUCCGAUCCGGAAACUUAGCUGAUCCAAAUAUCCAAUUAUAUAAGACGGAGUGCACAGAAAAUGCACGAGCUAAUGGUCUCAUAUUGAACACAUUUGAAGAAUUAGAAGGGCCAAUACUUUCCCACAUGCGCAGUGUGUGUCCUAAUAUCUACACCAUUGGACCGCUACAUGCACAUCUAAAAGCCAAACUAGCUGCAAAAGAAACAUUGCCGCCUGCAUUUUCUAAUAGUUUAUGGAAAGAAGACAAAAGCUGCAUUACAUGGCUGGAUGAACAACCAUUGAAGUCUGUAAUCUAUGUGAGCUUUGGAAGUCUUGCAGUAAUGACAAAAGACCAGGUCAUUGAGUUUUGGCAUGGUUUGGUAAAUAGUAGUCAGCGAUUUCUGUGGGUCAUAAGGCCUGACUCUAUUGCUGAACGAGACUGGGAUCAUCGGAGUACAGUGGAUUUAUCGGAAGGUAGAAAAGAGAGGGGGUAUAUUGUGGGUUGGGCUCCUCAAGAAGAUGUUUUGGCCCAUCCAGCUGUGGGUGGGUUCUUGACUCAUAGUGGGUGGAAUUCAACCUUGGAGAGCAUAUACGAGGGUGUUCCCAUGAUUUGCUGGCCUUAUUUCCUUGAUCAGCAAGUGAAUUGUAGGUUUGUUGGGGAGGUAUGGAAGCUUGGAUUGGAUAUGAAAGAUACAUGUGACAGAAGUAUCAUUGAGGAAAUGGUGAGGAAUCUUAUGGAGGUAAGGAAAGAGGAGUUUCUACAAAGGGCUGAUCAGAUGUCGAAAUCGGCGAAGAGAUGUUUGAGUGAAGGGGGAUCAUCUUAUUGUAAUUUGGAUCGAUUGAUAAAGGAUAUAGAAUCCAUGAGUACCUCUGCAAUUCCCCUCAACUAA